AUGGUGGGACUUCGUGUCCCUCCUGCUGAUGCGGCUGGUCAAAAUGAUGUGGAGGGGCCUGGAAUUGAUCAUGCGGAAACAUCGGCUGCUGCAUCGAGGGCUGGUCAAAAUGAUCCUCAGCUUCGGGCAUCUCGUCGUUCUCUUCGUCAUCUUCUUCCUCUUGUUGCUCUGCGUCGUCACCCUCAUCAUCACCGAAUUCUGAGAAUACACCUGCUUGGGUCAAUUGAUCUGGAGGAAGCCAAGUGUCGGGGUUGCCUGUAUCAAAUGAAGAACCGAUCCAACUUGGCAGGAUGUAAACCAGGGCUUUGUCAGAGUCUAACCAACUGUAUGUACUCGGGAUCCGGGAAGUCUAGGCCGACGGCUCGACCUAUGAUCGUGAUAAGUCCCCCGAUGAAAAUUUCCCCUGAGGAACGUUGGCGUAUGGAGUCACAUUUGUCUAAAAAGAAGCCUGAAAAACUGAGGGAGAGUGCACGCCUCAUGCUUCGGAGGAAAAAUAGCUCACAUCUGUUGAUUUGA